ACGCCCGGCCCGGCCCGGCCCGGCGCGGCCCUCCGUGCCUCCCGCCCGCCAUGGCGGUGCCGGGACGGGGCGCCGAGGGGAGGCCGGCGCUGCUGAUGAAAGUCGUGAUGGCCGGGGAGUCCUGCGUGGGGAAAACCUCCAUCGUGCGGAGGUACACGGAGCCCAACGCGGCUGCCGCCUUCUCCUCCUCUUCCUACCUGGCCACGAUCGGCAUUGAUUUUAAAGUGAAGUGUAUAACGCUUAAUGGUACAAGAGUGAAACUUCAAAUAUGGGAUACUGCUGGCCAGGAACGAUUCCAUACACUCAGUACAAGCUAUUUUCGUGGAGCACAAGGCUUUGUUCUUGUAUAUGACAUCACAAAUCUGGACAGUUUUCAAGGUGUAACAAGCUGGAUGAAAGACAUACAUGAGAAAGCAGGUGAUGAAGUGGACAUAGUACUGCUGGGCAACAAGUGUGAUAAGGAAUCAGAACGUGUAGUUCCAAAGCAUAAAGGAGAAAAGCUUGCUUGGGAGCAUGGGAUACCCUUUUUCGAAACCAGUGCCAAAGAUAACGUGAACAUUGAGGAUGCAUUUUCAGUUUUGACUAAGGAAAUACUGGAAAAGGUGCAGAAGUCCCAUGAUACUCAUUGCACAAGGUCCUCUGCCAUGCUUUGCUAAUCUUUGUCAACCAUCACUAUUAAAUAUAGACAGAAAGACUGCAGUCAUUAACUACGUAUGUAUGAUUAAUUUACAUAUAAUGUAUGAUUGUAAUUUGUAUUUGGAGAAAAUACAUUCCUCAGAAUUUAGAGAAGUUAUAAAUAAUAGUAGCUUCAGUUACAGUCUCUUCUGCUUAUUUCUCUAAAACCAGUAGUCUUCCAGCAAGCACUCUGGAUUUGCCUCCAAUCUGGGUGGGGGCAUUUAAAUGUAUAGAGAAAAAUUCUACCAAACCAGUGGUGAACUGUGUCUCCAAAACAUAUAAAAAUACCAAGAACUGGUACCAGAGUAGGUGAAUCCAACUUGGCUUAAUACUGCUAAUCUGAACAGAUUUCCAACAAGGACCAGGCAGCUGAUCUUAAUUAAGCUGUAGGAAUUUAUUACCUUAGAAACCAUUCAAAGAACUUCCCUUAUUUUCUGAUGCUGUUUCUCUUUGUAGACAAACUUAGCUUUAUUUACCUGAUUAAAAAAUAAUAAUUAGAGGUAUACCAGUCAUCACAAUUAAUAUCUCUACGAGAUAGGUCUCUAUUGUAAGAUAGUGACACAACCUCUGCUUAGAGCUGGUGAAGAGACCAGAUGGCUGUGGGGAGUAGUUGAUCCUGUCUAAUUUUCUCCACUGAUUCUGCAGGGAGCUUAGAAUGCUUAAACAGAUGCCUGUCUGUUUGGUGAGACACGUCUGCUGUGCUAUUUAGCAGGAAAAACCAGUAUUUUAGCAGUAGAUUUCAAUGUCUUACUAGAAUCAUUACGGAGUAGAACAGCAUCUAUUUCUUUGGCUUUAUUUUCAAGAUUUCACUUUGUCCAUGAUGCUGAAAUGGAAACAUGAGCUUCUUCAUACCACUUCGGUUCCCUUCACCUUUCUGCUGUUUUCAGUUGUUUGUUGGCUGCUUUGCAGAGAAGAGUUUCAUUAGGCUGAGCUGAAAUGUGAGCUAGGAGGGAGACCUGAGUGUGGAAUGUUGCCUGCCUUGUUCUCUGAGAUGGGCAAAAUUUGCAUACCUCCUCUCCUUAAUUUCAUGUGAGGAAGGUGCUGCAGCUCUUCAGGGCUUCUUCUCAGCACUAUGUGGGACUGCACUCAUUGCUUCAGCUCUUCAUGCAGGACUUGUAGCAUCUCUUCAGGUUAUGAUUAUGCACUUCUUAAAUGUGUGUGAAGCACAUUUGCUUAAAUGAAUCCCAAGCCCUUAUCUGCUUGAUGAAGAUCCUGCAUGAAAGACUUAUCAAACUGAAGUGAUGUUUAAAGUCUUCAAGGUUUACAUGUCUAUUAAAACAAAUGAUUACCUCUUCUUUAUUUGUGGAGAUGUAGUUCUUGUCUUUCUGUCCUGGGUAAUUUGUUGUUAUGUACUAUCAGGUAGUGAUUUUACAGACAACAUGAACAACUUCGUUGUCAAGUCAGUUUUGCCAUUAUUAAUCACCUAUAGUGCUAAGGAUCCUUGCUGUACCUACACAUGAACGGUCUACUGGCUGCCUAAAAGUGUUAUUCAGCAGUAAAAUAUUUGCAAAUAAACAUCAUAAGCAUUCAAGUAGUAUACAAACUAUUGUUCUUUAACUGAAAGCAUGAAAUGAAAACAUUCAAGGCCAUGGGACUUUGAGCAAGCUGGUCUAGAGGGAGGUGUCCCUGCCUAUGCCAGGGUGUUGGAACUAGAUGAUCUUAGAGAUCCUUCCAACCCCAAACCAUUCUAUGAUUCUGUGAAAUUAUAUAUAACCUAUAACACCUUAAAAUUACCUCUUUCCUUUGAAGUUCAGUAAAUUCAUCAUGAAUUCUGAAAUUGUUCAGAUUUUUUUCUGUAUUUUUCUAUAACACUUACUACUUAAACUGAUCUAUUUUCUUAAGAAAAAGCAGGUGUGAAAUGAAACCUCCUCAGCUUAUGUCCACACUAAUCAGUGCUCAGUAUUGCUUCUUGGUCUCAACAAAAGUGCAUUUUAAAUUUCUUUUUGCACCAUUAUCUUCCAGAUUUUUUUUUCCUCAGUAUCUUAUUUCUGAACCAGAGUGACAUCAUGUUCUUGAGGUGACAAGGGUAUGGUUGGUUAGAUUCUUUUGGAAAGAAUUUCGUACCUUAUAUUUACAAUCACUACUCAAAGACUAUAAAAUAUUGUCUCCAUGUAGCACAAGUCCUAAUGGCCACUACUUGUAUUCACGCAUCUUACAAAGCAGAAACAAAAAUGAUUUCAUGCAUCUCCUCCAGAAUUUUAGGUCAUGUUAAGAAUUGUCAGCUGAAGGGGCGUAAGACUUACUUUAACAUUAGGAAACAUUUAUUUUCCCUGCAUUUAGAUUCAUCUAAGUAAUUUUAGGUGAACUUUUCUGGAUACAGUUAGACAAUUCUGUGGCAUUGUAUGUGUAAUUUCUAGAUUUUAAAUAAUGAGUAGCAUUGGACUACGUUAUGUCACUCUUUUUUUCUCCCUUUUUUCCCUGCACUUUGGAUAUCAUGGGUUCCAGCUGAGACAGCUGUCCUUUCUGGAAGCUUCUCUGUAUUGUGAGAAAUGGUAGUUUAUGACUGUUGGGUUUGGGUUGAGAGAGGAAUGUGGUGAUUCCAGUUGUUGCACUCACUUCAUAGAAUCAUAGAAUGGCCUGGGUUGAAAAGGACCACAAUGAUCAUCGAGUUUCAACCCCCCUGCUAUGUGCAGGGUUGCCAACCACCAGACCAGGCUGCCCAGAGCCACAUCCAGCCUGGCCUUGAAUGCCUUCAGGGAUGGGGCAUCCACAACCUCCUUGGACAACCUGUUAACUUCUCUGUAUAUUAUUGCAUACUUGGUUAACCUGCUAAGAGGCACACACGAGAAUGGCAAGUAGAGUUCAGAAUUUUUUUCAAGACAGGUGACAAUGAAUCUCUCUGUCAUUGUGUUUGAGUUCAGGUUUCAAUGUUCAUAUUCUUAGAGUCCAAAGUUGCAACAUUUACUAGUACUGUAUUGCACAACUGGUUUUGAUUGUUUCUCUGGUCAGCACUAAUUAUCUAGUUGUGUUUAUGGCCGAAAGGAAGAGUGCUGGUUUUGCUGAUUUUAGUUUUCAAAUCUGCUUUUGCAAUCCGCAAAUACAUGUUUUACCAGGAUGGAGAGCUGCGUUGAUAAUUCUAUUGCGAUAAAGACUGAGUUGUUUCCAUUUGGUGCUAUUUCUGUUUUUUAUAAUGGAUUUAAGAAAAUACAGCAACUGUAGUGAAUUUCACAAAAUGCAAUAUCCUUUUUAUCAAAUAAUAGUUUAUGCCUUUUUCUAAUUUUUCUAACUCUUCAUUUACAUUUCUCCAUUCAUUUCAAUUGGAUUUUUGCAUCUCAUGCCUAAUACUUCAAAGAUUAAGGUAAUUAAUAAUAAAUCUGUGAAAAUUAGUGCAGUCAACAGAAGAACCGGUAUAUCUUGAACAAUUCACGUAAGUAAAGGUUUACAUGAUGGUUUGUAGUGUCUCCUCAGGAGACAUUACACCCUCUGUCACCUUCCGAGUUAGAAGAGAUGUUUGAGGCACCUGUAGAAUGUAAAUACACCAAGCUGUAACUUGCA